AACUAGUUUAAAAAAAUGUGAAACACCUUGUGAUUUUGAGAAAUAAAUAAAUUUUUUUAGUGCUUAUUAGGAUGAAUAUUGAAUUCAGCAGAAUCGAAUAGCGAAAUCGCAGUAGGCGAGUGUAAUGCUUUGAUACGAAGCAAAGCGGAAGUUGCAGGAAAUAGGAGCGGUGAAAAAAAGUGGGGAAGAGGAAAGUGUUAUUGAGUUGGGGUAUUACCACGUUUUCACUUACCAAUUGGAGAAAAUAAAAAAAAGUGUGUGAUUCGUAAUUGGGUUUUUUACCUUAGUGAGUUUAACGUGACCCAAGAAGAAUGUUAUUUCUUGUGCCUCAGCGAGUGUUUUGAUAAAGGAUCGCAGUGAGGAUGAUAAUAAUCAACCGGUGAAGGGUGUUCUUAAUCAGAAGAAAUCGCCAAGAGUCAUGGAGAAUUUUGCAGUGCUGCCAAAAGUGAUACCUUUUGCUGAUAAACUGGCAAAAUAAGGAAUUGAAGGUCUUCCAUUUGUUGAGCUCGAGGUACUUACCUUUUUUUAGGCAAUAACGGGUUCUCUGAUUGCCAACUAGGAAAGAGAAGAGAAGCUCACCAGUGGGACACAUUGAGGAAACUUAUUAAGGCAUAAGUGCCGGUGUGUAUAGGACUGAGUCCUAACUCCUAAUUACACCGAGCCACAUAUAAUGGGAGUUUGUUGAGUGUCGCGAAGGCCUUACCUAUAGGUAAUACCUGGUCUUACUGUGCGCUAUAAUGUGAACACCAAUUACGUGGCCCCAGCCACUGCUUCUCACAAAAUUCGAUCCAGACCACAUCCACAAUGGCAACAUCCCGUGCAGCUGCAUUUCUGGUCCUCUCCUGCUUUAUUGGGGUCCAUGGUUCACCAUGUCCGGAGGAUAGCAUUGCUUCAGAAGAUGGAGGAUGUAAAUGUGUGAUACCCUGUCCUACUGAUAAAUGUCGACCGGAUCAGCGACCUUUCCCAGUAAGAGCUGCUGAUCCUGAUACUCCUGGCAGCUGCUGUCCUCUCUAUAAAUGUCUUCCUUCAGAACCUGUAUCAUGGAUGGGUAGAGAGGAGGAGGACGAUGAAGGACGUGGAAGUUGCACGGACUAUUCAGGUGUUCCGCGCUCGGAAGGUGAACGAUGGCAGGAAGGGUCGUGCGUGAACUGCAUUUGUGAGGAGGGCAACGUUUCCUGCCAGGCGACCAUGUGCAAAAGCUGCGAAAAACCCGAGCCAGCAGCACCUGGAGAAUGUUGUCCUCACUGUCCUACGCAUCAUAAUGCCACCAUCAAAUGCAAACCCCUCACCGACUGCAAAUUACGAUGCGACAACGGUUACGUCAACGACGAUCACGAUUGUCUCACUUGUCAAUGUGUAAACACAAAGUCUCCAGGCAUCACUAAUGCAGCGGACAAGAUUUGCCCAGAGCUGUCUCACUGUGGACUGAAUUGUGAGCUUGUUGAAGAUGAGGGUGGUUGUCCUGUGUGUGCCUGCCAGGAUAAUACCUAUUCCACCACUGUUAUUUCAACCAAUUCCAGAGAAGAUCACGAGAGGAAGGAAAUAGAAGAGGACAAAACGGUUUGUCCAGAGCUGAAGUGUGAUCUUCACUGCGAGAAUGGACUCUUCAUGGAUGAAAACGAUUGUACUCUCUGCCAGUGUAAGCCCCAUCCAGGAUGUCCGCCCAUGAGCGGCUGCAAGAAGAAGUGCUCUUUUGGAUACAAGGUCAACAAACGCGGAUGCUCGGUGUGUCGAUGCCGAGCAUCUUGUGUUGAUCAUUACAAUGAGACACAUCCUGAGGGAUCAAUUUGGAAUCCAAAUUCUUGCACAACGUGCAGUUGCGAUACCAUUGGAAGACUUAACUGCAAAGAGACUAUUUGCUCGAUAGCCUGCAGUAAUCCCGAGCCCCCGAAGCCUGGCAAUUGCUGUCCCAUUUGUCCAAUCACGAUACCAAAGGAGUCUGAAAACGCACACUCAGGUGCCAAAAGCUGGGGGACAGUGCCGAUAACAUUAAUCGUCAUCUUGGCCCUACUAUGUGUCAUCCUUAUGGUUCACAUAGUCAGGAAUAAAUUCCGAGGUAGAUUAUCUCCAACCGCAACUUCCUACACACCAUAUCCAUCUCAAUAUUACAAAUGUGUACCAAUUUAUGACCCAUCUGCACAUCAGAAUGAGAAAAUGGUUCAUCUGUGAGAAAAAAAUCUCUCCAGAACCAAAAUCGAAGCUGUCAAAACUCAGCUGUCAAUUCUCAGCUUUCAAAACUCAGCUGUCAAUUCCCAGCUGUCAAAACUCAGCUGUCAAAACAGAAAAAGAAUCACCACUUUUGUGAGGUCAAAAAUGUAUAAUUACUUUCUAAAACUUAAUUUAAUUUACCAUUUCUAUCUAAAUAUCUAACGCGUGUGUACAUAUCUAUGCUCAUAUCUCUUACACGAAUUUUUUUACUAAUAUAUUAUUUUUAGUAUAUUCUCCAUAUUUAUUUAUAAUUAUUUUAAUGGAUUUCUAUUUUUCUAAAUUCAGGCUCAUUGCUUUUUUGGCAUGCGACUAAAAAAUUAGAUCUCAGAAUAAAAUGCAAUUAAGGGUGGCCACUAAACCGGGAAAACCGGAAAAUUGCUGAGAAUUUUUUGAGGAUUGUUAUUCUUAACAUAAAUUAUUUUUCAAAUCGUAAAUAAUAUAUUUGUUGUUAAUUUUGACUAAGUUAG